AUGGACGCCUAUCACAUGAAUUGGACAAGCUCACUUUCUGAUGAAGCACAAUGCCGCCAACCCAUCAAAUCUUCUGUCAGGGUAGAAGAAGAAGAUGAACUGUUUCGAAGAUGUCGUUACUGUGGUCGAUUUUCCGCCGUCAAUAACACAUCAAAUGUGGAAAAUGUGAACGAUACCUGUGUUAGUGAUGUUGCUGACAAGUCCGAGGCAUGCAUCGGGCAUCCAAUCGAUCGGGGGGAACCAGGAGAUGCACAAAACCCUGAAUGGGAACACUCGAUUUCACUACAAGCACCCCAAUCAUCGAUUCAUCAGAGAACAAGUGCUGAACUCGCCGAUACCGAGACACCGCAAACACACAGUGUUCGAUUUUCCAAUUUCGGUGAUCAAGUGAAUAUACAACCUCGGUAUCCGUUACGAAAACCUCUUAUGAAUGGACGGUUGUACACCUGUCGAACACCUGUUCGAGUCAGUGUGGCCAAUCUUCGUAAUUCACUGCCCGAUAACAAACCUAUCUUGACUCAGUUGCACAACCAUUCUAAAAAUGCCCGAAUGAAACAGUUGAAUGAAUUGUCUGUGCCAGGUUAUUCGAGUUUGUAUUUUCCGAAUCGAUCAAAUGUGUCACACGACUUGCAAAACGCGCCGAUCGAUGUGCCAUCUGCAUCUGGGACCAAUCGGGAUGAACGAGAACCGGUAAGUGAUUUGGUGGGCGAUGAGUCGUGGAACGCACCGGAAAAACAAACAUAUUCUGAGCAUCAUUGUAGCUCGAAUUGCGGAGAUACAAUGUGGCAAUUACCAGUUGACCCCACGGAUGUGAUGAACUAUUCCCAUGUUACUGGCCCUAACGGAUCGUUUUCCUGCCGUAUUCCGCGACGUUUCAGUCACGUGAAAUUUUGUCCAGCUCAGUAUUCACCAUGCAUGACGGAGCAUUUACCUCAGUAA